GCUGUGCGCGGCGGGAGGGCCGGGCUCGGUGACGUCAUCGCUGUGCGCGGCGGAGAGAGGCGACGAAAAGAUGGGGACGCGGCGGGCGCUGCAUUUCGUGUUCAAAGUGGGCGACCGCGGGCGGACGGCGCGCUUCUACCGGGAGCUGCUGGGCAUGAGCGUUCUGAGGCAUGAGGAGUUUGAGGAAGGCUGUAAGGCCAGCUGCAAUGGCCCUUACGAUGGAAAAUGGAGCAAAACAAUGGUGGGCUAUGGGCCAGAAGACAACCACUUUGUUGCAGAGUUGACUUACAACUACGGUAUUGGAGAGUAUCGCCUUGGCAAUGACUUUCUGGGCAUAACCCUGGUGUCCAGCCAGGCUGUGAGCAAUGCUAAGAAGAUGGGGUGGCCCCUCAAAGAAGUCACAGCUGGUGUGUUUGAAACUGAAGCCCCAGGUGGAUACAAGUUCUACUUGGAAGACAAAGAACGGACAAAGCAAGAUCCUGUGCUAAAGGUAACUUUGGGUGUCUCUGAUCUGCACAAGUCUGUUGACUACUGGUCUCAUUUGCUUGGGAUGAAAAUAUACGAGAAGGAUGAGGAGAAACAGAGGGCUUUGCUGGGCUAUGCAGAUAACCAGUGUAAGCUAGAGCUGAAGGCUGUUGGAGGAGCAGUGGAUCAUGGAACAGCAUUUGGAAGGAUUGCCUUUUCCUGUGCCAAGGAGGAGCUGCCAAACAUUGAAGCGCUGAUGAAAAAGGAGAACCAGAAAAUUUUAACACCUCUGGUUAGCUUGGACACACCUGGCAAAGCUACAGUGCAAGUGGUCAUUUUGGCUGAUCCUGAUGGCCAUGAAAUCUGUUUUGUGGGGGAUGAAGCAUUUCGAGAUCUGUCCAAGGUGGAUCCCAAUGGUGACAAAUUGUUAGAUGAUGCCAUGGCAGCUGACAAGAGUGACACGUGGUUUGCUGCCCGAAAUAUGAAGAAGGUGUCUGCCUAGUUGGAGAAGGGACCGGGCUGGCUGGUCGUCGUGUCUUGGUUUUCACCUGAGCAAAACGCCGGUCGUGUAACUUGCUGUGCUGUCCAUCCCACGGGAGGGCCCAGUCAUGUCCCAUGCUGUUCUAUUGGUUCCUUUUCAGCUUGUAUCUCUUUCUUUUCGAGCUCCUCUAUAUUUUCAAUCAAAUACCAUGUGCUCCUUCAUAUUACAGUGAGGGGGAGGUUGAGCGUGUGGCUUCCGACAUGGGAGCAAGGCUAACACCUCGUGUGUCUCUACCGUGGUUGCGCUUGAAGGAGAGGUUGCUAGAUUUAUUAGAAUGUCCAGAUCUGUAAUUAAUGAGCUGUAGCCCUCCUGAUUUGCAGUGCAGGGUGGAGAUUUUGGGGUAGCAGUGGCUGCAAUGAGCAGCGUUGUUGGGCAGGCUGCUGCUUUUUGAUCUCUCUUGAUGGAAAAUUAACAGCAUUAGCGCUCGCUGCGCCGCGUCAGCGCCCGCAGUGAAUAUUCCGAAUGGGAACAGUUCCUAAUGUGGCGGUGUAGCUUUGGCGUUGAUGCAGUCGAUGAAUCGGGGCCGGCUCAGGGCUGACGCACAGCGCUGAAGCGGUGGUGCCGUUUCUGGAGAUCUGCCUUUAAUAAAUGCGAUUACACGUUUAAUAAAAGCGAUUGACCGCG